AAUCGCUUUACAUGUAAUACUGUAAAAUAGUUUAUAUAGGCACAUGUGCGAAAAUAUGCAUAUACUGUAUGUUACUUCUUGCAAUUCAUACAGCGCUGAACAACACACAAUUGUGCGUAUUUCCAGCAGGGAAAUCGUUUCAACCAUACCACAGUCACAGGAAUAUUGCUGGGGGGUGUCCCCAGCUUCCCUGUUUUCAACCCUCAGGAUGACCGCCAUAGGCUAGUGAAGACAGGGGUCCGAUCUUGGAGCCUUCUGUGAUAUUUAUUUGGGUUCCAUGAUCCAUGGCAUCUUAUUUUUUCAAGGGAGGUGGUAUGGGAAGCCAAACUCACUGAGAAGUUUUGGGGAAACUUGGAACUCACGUACUGGCCCAGUUCUUUUCAUAGGUGCUUCACGGAAGCUAUUUGAUGGUUUUCCCUUUGGUCUCCGCCGUGACUUUUCGCGGAUACCAAACCGUUCUUAGCUGCGUAGGGGCGAUAGGUUUCCAAGGCCUAAAGGCUACAGAGUAUGGAUUUCUCCCGGCAACUUUAGCUCAAGAUGUGGCGACUUGAGGCGGAGAUCCUGCUACAAAAAUCGCACUCACACACUGAAUAAGAUACUGUAGGUCAGAUAAGCAAAGUGUAUCAAACUGUUAGAUGGAGCCAGUGUGAAGGCUCGAAAUGUUGAGAAGCCGUGUUCCACUUUCUACUAAACACCCUGUGCCAUUUGUUUUAUAUUCACCAGUCAGCUUUUAGGGUUCUUGGCUGACGCAUCAGAUGAGCGUACCAGAUUGCAGUUGUGAUAAACUCGAAUCAGCAUUCUGCAUUCAUGACGAGGGCAGCAACAGCAAGGCCCCUUUUUGCAUACAUCGUUUUGAAGAAACAAUUGAUUGAAAUCGGAAACGCAUCAUAUACUUGAUCAAAGCGUGUUCUCGGCUUCGCCACUACAAUUUGCAGCCAGUUGGGGAAGUUUCGGAGAUGCUCAACUCACGAGCAAUGUCAAUUGCUCGGCAGUCCUAUGCCACGCUGCACACCACGCGACGCUUGCUUUAGAAUCUAUAGAAGAUACACCAACACAUGUGCCGCUCCUGUCAACACGGGAAGACAUGUCUUUUUCAAAGUAUCCGUUGGCAAAUGGUACUUCAGACCAUGGUCCUAUCAGCUCCAGUCCUCGCCUUGAUUUGCAAUGCAGUGGGUUUCAGUUCUAACGAGAUUGGUGUCCUCAAGGUGGAGCCUCACUGUCUGUGUCACUACUCCCGAAGACGUAGAUUGCUUCAGACAGGGCCACGAUUACUGCAUGGCACAGAUUUGGCACAUAAUCUCUGAAUGCAGUUUCACUGCUGGCUAACUCCUGCAACGCAAAAAGAAUACACUGAAUACACUGUAAAAGCAAGACAAAAAACACACAUUAUGUGAUUCAUGCGACCUGUGGGGCUACACAAGCUACAAGAAACGUGUCUUGGACAACAAAAUGUUUCUUUUUUCCACUGCUCCACCGCCCCAAAAAUAGGCGCACUUGUUUUUGAGCCGCUGGCACCCAGGAACUGCCAAUGCUGGCCGCCUGGCAGGGGCCGUGAAGGCGGUGCUUGCGCAGGACCAGGGCUGCGUCCUCCAGGCGGUCGGCCCCGCGGCGCAUUCGAAGGCCCUGAAGGCGAUGGUUUAUGCCACUGACUUCUUUGAGAAGGACCGCCCUGGCCUUUGUGUGGCAGCAGACCCCCGCGUGCACCAGGUUCCAGCCGACGGGGGCCGUCCUGCGACCACUGGGAUCCGUUUCCACCUCACUUUGGUGCCGCAGUUGGUCGUCUCAGAGGCCGACCUCAUGUUCUCAAAGAGCUCCAACCCUGGCAUGUUUGCAGCAGAACUGGCCGAGAAGAUCCGAGCGAGGAAUCUGGUGACGCUGUCGGGCAUGGGGGAGCUCCCGAUGUCCUUGGCUUUGAAGGCUAUGCUCAUUGCCCGGAAGCAUUUGCAACUGAAAGACGAUGAGGCAUUGCUUGCCAUCCCCUUGGUACAGGAGCUGGAGAGUGAUUCCGGCCAGCUGAAGCGGACGCUGCUUCAGUGUCAGCGUGCCCGAGCGCCAAAAUCAGCCUUAGAGGCUUAACGCGCUAGUAGCAGGUGAGAGGCUUUGAACACCUGGACGUUUG